GAGUUUUUAUUUACAGCCCGUUGUUGCGGGAUUUAUCUCGUGGAACGGUCAUAUAUCGGGUACGUUUGGUGUCCGCACGGCUCGAAUCCUCGCCACUGCACGCACGCGGGCUAGGCCUCGGACAAAAUCCCCCGUCGCGAUACAUUUCACGUAUGGUCUCGCGUGUCCUCUGCCAUCUCGUCGCGCGCGAGCUACGUUUCCAUCGAUCGUGACCGGCGCCCCGUUGUUUUGUGCACGCGACGCCGCUCCUUCAAAGUGCGCGCUACCAAGGUGAUCGUGAUACCGCACAAAACAAUGUGCGUGACAGCCACGCCGCUUAGCGCGACCAAAAUACUAAAGGAUAGUGCGAGAUACCCGGCCAGAACUAGCAUCGCGACCAGUGUACAGGUGCAAGGAUUAACGGGAGCGAACAAUGCCGGAGAUGCGGACAGGCCGCAACACACGUCGAUCAUGAUGGUCCGCAUGAUCGGCGAUGAAUUCCUUACGGAGGAAAGGGACCGGAAAUACUACGCUGAUCAUUACACGUGUUGCCCACCGCCUCUCUUUAUCAUCCUCAUCACCCUCGUCGAGCUGGGGUUCUUCACAUAUUACACAGUGGCGAUGGGAGAAGUAAAUCCUUCGGGGCCCGUACCAAUCGACAGUGUCUUUAUCUAUAGACCUGACAAACGUCUCGAGCUCUGGAGGUUCGCUUUCUAUAUGUUCCUUCAUGCUGGGUGGCUUCACCUACUAUUUAACCUAGGAGUGCAGGUGGUCGUGGGACUUCCCCUGGAAAUGGUUCACGGAAGUCUGAGGAUCGCGGCGGUAUAUAUGGCCGGAGUUCUUGCCGGUUCUCUGGGUACUUCAGUGUUCGAUACUGACGUCUACCUAGUUGGCGCCAGUGGCGGCGUUUACGCACUUCUCGCAGCCCAUCUAGCUAAUGUCCUGCUCAAUUACAACAACAUGGAGUUCGGCAUAGUUCGAUUAAUCGGCAUCUUUGUUAUCGCAAGCGCCGACGUGGGUUUCGCAAUCUACGACCGCUACGCCGCCGAGCAGAUGGGUCCUCCAGUUUCGUACGUGGCACACCUGACCGGUGCGUUGGCAGGCCUGACGAUCGGGCUUCUGGUGUUGAAGAACUUCGAGCAGCGUCUUCACGAGCAGCUUCUCUGGUGGGUGGCCCUCGGCGUGUACGCAGCGUGCACCAUCUUCGCGAUCAUGUACAAUCUGAUGCAUCCGGACUACCCAUGACGCGAGGUCAGCUUCGCGUACGGUCAACCGCGAAACACGUAACGCGAAGCUGGAUAACAACGAGCCAAAACUGCAGCUGCAAGAAUACGCAAAGUCAGUUGAUGAAGAGAGCUGGCGAGAUUCGCCUACGAGCGAACUUGAAUAUAAACCAAAUGGAGAGAAAUAGCGAGGUAUUUUUAACGAGUGUUAAUUGUGCUCCGGUAUCUCGUUGACUGAAGGAUAAUUGGUUUUUCUCGGAGAUCCACACGUAACGCGAAUCAGAUUAAUACAAAUAAGAGAUAAGGAAUAUUUGAUGGAGACAAUCCGAUUACAGAAGAAAGUAGACGGAAAUGUUCCUAGGAUAAGCUGUAUCCAAUCGAAGGGAUACAAAAGAGAAAGAAUCCGCCAGAGGAAAUUAGAUCGCCUUCGAUAGCAAAAUGGCGAGAGGUCUGUUCGCGUUGCGUGUCCCCUUUAUUUUUUCAUAGCGUCGAAAAAUCGAUCCCUUUUACGAGCGCUAUUUUUCCCAGUGAAAAAACCAAAGAAUCAAAAUACCUCGGGGAAUCCGUAUUCGGGACCCAGUUCAAAGUAAAAAGUCAUUGGAGGGGCGAGGACAUUUAUCGGCAGCCCCUGGGCACGAACAAACCAAAGAAUCCUACCGAACGUGUCCACCUUUUGUCCUUUUCAAUUCGACUUUCCAAAGGACCGGAAUAGCCGGAGAAAUUCAGGGAAACAAAGUGUCCAGACAUCCAGGAAGAAACCACGGGAGAGAAGAUCGUUUUUUGGUCAAUCACUCGGAGGAAAUGGCCGCCUUUGGAAGAUCGUUUCGGGGAAAUAGCGGUGUAAAGAAUUAAUAAUUUCUUUAAGUACCGAGCUACGUCUACGAAGUAACAAAGGCCUGUUAUUUAUGUAUCGUUCAGCUGUGUUCAAUGGCCUCAGUGAAUAUUGUAAAGUACAAUUCAUUUAAAAUACCUUGUGUUUCAACUUGGGGCUCUCAGUAUUUGUUAACAAUAUUAACUAUGUAGGACUAUGAUUAUGUACAUGCUACAUUUGCAGUUAAUUUUCUUUAACAAUAUUCUAGUAAUUUUCUCUGUACAAAAGUUUUUAAGAGAACCUUAACGUGUAGUCAAUUUUUGUUAAAACAUAUCAAUAUGGCGUCCAAAUGUACAGUAAUUUGUUUGACGGUAGCCUUUGCUUAUCGUAAACGUAGCUUGAUACAAAGACUGGUAUUAGUCCACGAAACUCGCAAGGGAUCGAUGAAAGUGAGGAACAAUCUCUAAAGAAACGAUCGGCGAUUAUUGAAAGCGAAAUAAGACGAAGCAACGUCUAAUACUCACGC